AUGAACAACACAGCCGAUUCAUCUGGGUUCUUUGGCUCAAAUGACAUAAGUGGAUUUGGCUAUGGCAUAGGAAUUUCAAUUGGAAUUCUCUUACUCAUCACAACAAUCACACUCACUUCAUACUUUUGUGCAAGAUCACAAGUUCCAAAUGCUCCUAGAAGAAGAAACAACAACAACACCUCUCUAUUUCUUGAGCCACAACAUUCAAUACUUGAUUUAGGAUUAGAUGAAGAAACAAUCAAGAGUUAUCCAAAGAUGCUGUAUUCUGAAAUGAAGCUUAGAAAAAAUGAUUCAACCUCAACAUGUUGUUCUAUAUGUUUGGGUGAUUACAAAGGAAGUGACAUGCUUAAGGUUUUGCCAGAUUGUGAACAUUUGUUUCAUCUUAAGUGUAUAGAACCUUGGUUAAGGUUGCAUCCCACUUGUCCUCUUUGUAGAACUUCACCUAUUCCAACACCUCUUUCAACACCUUUGGCUGAAGUUGUUCCAUUGGCCACAAGGAGAGAUUCAUCAUAG